GAGAAGAAGCCUGCACGGAUGAAGCGUGUUUAGUCAACCUGGUGGCGCUGGACAACCAACUGUCGGCGGCGGAGAAACUGUUAGCCGACUUCGAGGAACUCACGGUUUCGGUGUAGCGAAUCUACAGUGCUGUUGGUCGUGUUGUUCCACAUACAACUGUGGAUUGUUUGUCGUGCGUUCAUCAUACCAGAAUCGCGAAGAAAAUCUCAAUACGUGGUUAGUGCGUAACUUUCUAGUAGAGAAAAAAUUCAUUUGAAAACACGAUGGUCAGCAAGGAUUCAAAAAUGGUCACCCCGGAGAUGGCAAAUCCCUAUCUGAGACCGCCGAGCAUGUCAACCAGCCAGUCAUUAAAAACCUUUAUUUACAACCGUGAGACCGGUGCCUUUUUCGGCAGAACAGCCAGUAGCUGGGGUAAAAUAGGAUUAUUCUAUUUGACAUUCUACGGGGUACUGGCUGCAUUGGUUGCAAUUUGCUUCUGGGGUUUCUUUCAAACGUUAGAUCCAAGGAUACCGAGGUGGCAAUUAGAACGUUCAAUAAUAGGAACAAAUCCUGGAUUAGGAUUUAGGCCACAGCCACCGCUCGAAAAUGUAGAAAGUACCUUAAUUUGGUACAGAGGAACCGAUAGCGAGAACUUUAAAUUCUGGGUUGAUUCUCUAGAAUCAUUUCUGAAAGAUUACAUAACACCAGGUUCAGUUCCCGGUCUUGGUGCGAAUAUUAAUAAAUGUGAUUACAAUCAACCGCCACCUCCUGGUAAAGUCUGUGAUGUUGAUGUUAAAAACUGGUAUCCUUGUACGAAAGAAAACAAGUAUAAUUAUCAUAAAUCUGCACCAUGUAUAUUCUUAAAGCUUAAUAAGAUAUACGCUUGGAGACCGGAAUUCUACAAUGAUACCAAUUCGUUACCAUCGAACAUGCCUGUCGAUCUCAAAGAGCAUAUCACCGGAUUAAAGAAUACUCGUCACCUUGACACGAUUUGGGUAUCUUGCGAAGGAGAGAAUCCUGCAGAUCAAGAAAAUAUAGGACCAAUUGAAUAUAUCCCACGAAGAGGAUUUCCCGGUUACUUUUAUCCUUUUGAAAACUCAGAGGGUUACCUCAGUCCGCUGGUAGCUAUACACUUCGUCCGACCUCGCACUGGGAUUUUAAUAAACGUAGAGUGCAAGGCGUGGGCGAAAAACAUAAAACACAGCCGUCACGACAAAAUAGGUGUGGUCCAUUUCGAAAUGAUGAUAGAUUAAUGUCCCCUAAGUACAUCUCUCUGGUCUCUCCUUUGUUAGCGUACAGAAAUGCAAUGCGAAUCUCAUGUUUUUUUAUUCUUCCACAUAGUUGAACAUUUUUCAAACGACUCUAGAAGCCGUCAGAAAUCGAUGACCGCUGCCAAAGUGUGGAAGAAAUUUUUGUCAAGUACAAAGUUGAAAGGACUUUUGAUGUUUGCACUAUCGAAAGUCUAAUUUCUAUUCAAUUUCUACAUACCGAGAAAAAGAUGUAAAAUUCCAAAUCAUUUUACGACUUUAUACUUCUCGUUUGGUUUAGCAGGAUAAAGAAUUUACGAGAAACUAUACGACUAAAAUAAUGUUUAUUUCGUUCAGGAUAUUAAAAAUAAUGUAUUUAUGAAGAAGGAACGAAGUAUAUUUAUUAUAUAUGAAAAUAAGCUUCUUCUAUCGAUAAAUAAUGAUUAUGUGUUCUAAAGUUAUGUUUUAAUAAUGAAUAUAGACAAUCGUUCUUUACUUAGUGCUAAACCCGAGUAUAAUAUAUCAUUUCUAUGUUAUAUUUUCAGUUGUAUAAUUAAGUUGUGAUUAAUCAAUACGAAUGUUGGCUUACUUCAGAUUUUAAUUUAAUUUCAACCUACUUGCAUUAGUUUUGGUUUAAAUAAUUUUUGUCAAUUGAAUCUCAUGGAAGAUUUGUGUUAUAUCUAGAAUAUUAAUGAUAAAUAUUUGAUGUUUUAAAAGAGAUGAAUAUAUAUGCCUUAAAUUGUUAACAUAUUGAAUGGAAACUAACUGCUUAAGAAACUAUAUUUAGGCUGCUAUAUAGAUAUUAUUUUGGAGAUUUUUUGUCGCGAAAAUUCACAUCUACUAAUAUCUCUUGAGAAUAGAUCUCUUAAAUAAAAUAACAAAGAUAAUAUAUAUAUAUAUAUAUAUAUAUAUAUAUAUAUAUAUAUAUAUUAUCUUUGUAAAUAUAUACAUAUAUAUAUUUUUCGCUUCUGAAAUAUGUAAAUGUAUUAUAUGUAUACAUAUAUUUUUAUAGAUAAGACUUUUUUCUUUGAACUACAGAUUUUUGUCAUCUAUUUGAAUGAUAUUAAACACUUACUAAAAACAAUUUUUGGAAAGAGAAGACUUUAAUAUAUGUUUAUUGAUAGCAACAAGUUAUAUAAACAAAACUAUAUACCUAUAUGACAAACAUGAAAUUUUACUCAAUCUUAUUUCAAUCUUAGUUAAUGUCAAUAUUUUUAUGUUUGUAAUUCAUGCAAUGCGACUAUUUAAAUUUAUUACUGCAUUUAUUGUUCAAUAUUAAAAUGAGUUAAUAAACUAUUGCCAUAGACAUUCUAAUCGUGACAGAUUA